AUGACGGCGACACUGUCCCGCUUCCUCGGAUACAAAGAGUCGUGUCACCAACUUAUCAGGACAGGAUUGAUCAGGCAGCAAUUGAUAUACUCCAAGGUCAUCCAAGUUUCAUUUUCCUUGAGUUUGUUUUGGCUCUCCAUCUCCCCCCAAUUCCCGAAAACCCUACGGCAUUUGUGUGUACAGCAUCGUGCUUAUCUACUUCCAUGCGCGAUGUCUGAAGGAAAUUUUCUAUCGUGCCUAUAUGAAUGUUUUAUUGCCUUCCAAUUACCAAACACUUACCUUUCAAUUACUGGUGGAGGAUGGUGCAUGGACGGAAGGCAACAAUUGAAGCCCUGUUGA